CCGAAAGCAGAGCCAGCCUUCCAGUUUAUCUCCUAAGCGCGGGGAGGCGCCGUGGGCAGGGUCUGAGGGGAGAGCGGCGUUUAUAACCUGGUGCUCGCAGGGACAGUUCUGCGCCUCCUGCCAAGAUGCCUCCGGUGGCGGGUUUUUUCCUUGCGAUCUGCGUUGGGGUGGCAUUCGCCUUGGAAGCCUCCCUGAUGCCUCCUGAUCGCAACAAGACCGAGGAAGGAGCCAAGCUGUUCGCAAACGAUUAUAACACUACCGGGGAAACUGUGUUCUUCGAAAGCGUCAACGCCAGCUGGAAUUACAACACCGACCUGACAAACCACAACGCUCAGCUGCAGAUAGCAGCUUCUUUGAAGGAGCAAGAAUUCACAGAACUUUGGGGGAAAAAAGCUAAGGAGAAUUAUGGUGACAUCUGGGAGAACUUUACUGAUCCCCAACUUAAAAAAAUAAUCAGCUCCAUUCAGACCUUGGGUCCUUCCAAUUUACCACAACAGAAACGGGAAGAGUAUAAUACUAUUCUAAGUGAGAUGGACAGCAUCUACUCCACUGCCAAGGUUUGUCUACCAAACCAGACCUCCUCCUGCUGGGCUUUAGAGCCAGAUAUUUCAGAAAUUAUGGCCACUUCUCGUAGUUACAGGAAGUUGCUUUAUGCCUGGGAAGGGUGGCAUAAUUCCGCCGGCAAUCCUCUGAGAUCCAAGUAUGAGAAAUUCGUUUCACUGAGCAAUGAAGCCUAUAGAAUGGAUGGAUUCCAAGAUACUGGGGCUUAUUGGCGCUCCUGGUAUGAUUCACCAACAUUUAAGGAAGAUCUAGAGCAACUUUAUAAACAAUUGGAACCUCUCUAUCUGAAUCUCCACGCAUAUGUCAGAAGGAAACUAUAUGACCAAUAUGGCUCUAAAUACAUAAACCUGAAAGGCCCUAUUCCUGCUCACUUAUUGGGUAACAUGUGGGCCCAGCAAUGGAACAACAUUUACGACAUGAUGGUGCCUUUUGCAAAUAAGCCACAUCUAGAUGUUACCAAUACCAUGAAACAGAAAAACUGGAAUGUAACACACAUGUUCCGGGUGUCGGAGGACUUCUUCACGUCGCUUGGCAUGUUUGAAAUGCCACUUGAAUUCUGGAAGAAAUCCAUGCUGGAGAAACCGACAGAUGGGCGGGAGGUGGUGUGCCAUGCAUCAGCAUGGGACUUCUACAAUCGCAAAGACUUCAGGAUAAAACAAUGUACAACAGUUACUAUGGAGCAACUCUUUACAGUACACCAUGAAAUGGGGCACGUUCAAUAUUACUUGCAGUAUAAGAACCAGCCAAUAAGUUUUCGCAGUGGGGCAAACCCUGGCUUUCAUGAAGCCAUUGGAGAUGUCAUGAGUUUGUCUGUUUCCACCCCCAUCCAUCUCAAUAAAAUUGGGCUGCUCACCCAUGUCACUGAAGACAGAGAGAGUGAUAUCAAUUAUCUUCUGAAAAUGGCCCUGGAAAAGAUUGCCUUCCUACCCUUUGGCUAUUUAAUUGAUCAAUGGCGGUGGAAUGUCUUCAGUGGACAUACUCCUCCAGGCCGCUACAAUUUUGAUUGGUGGUACCUCAGAACAAAAUAUCAAGGAAUUUGUCCUCCUAUUGCAAGAAAUGAAACUAACUUUGAUCCUGGAGCUAAAUAUCACAUUCCUGGAAACACACCUUAUAUCAGGUAUUUUGUCAGUUUUAUUCUACAAUUCCAAUUCCACAAGGCCCUUUGCCAAGCUGCCAACCACACUGGUGAUCUUCAUACAUGUGACAUCUAUAAGUCCAAAGAAGCUGGACAGAAACUCAGUGAGGCAAUGCAGGCGGGAUCUUCCCAGCAUUGGCAAGAUAUUCUCCAACAACUCACUGGUACAAAUAAAAUGAAUGCUUCAGCAUUGCUUGAAUACUUCAAACCUGUUAUUGAAUGGCUAAAAGAAGAGAAUGGGAAGAACAAUGAAACACUAGGCUGGCCUGAAUUUGAUUGGCGUCCUCCUGUCCCUGAAGGCUAUCCAGAAGGCCUUGAUAAAAUAACUGAUGAAGCUGAAGCUAAAGAAUUCUUAGAAGAGUACAACAGGACAGCUGAAGUGGUGUGGAAUGCUUAUACAGAGGCCCUUUGGACGUACAAUGUCAACAUUACUAAACAGAACAAACAGAUUAUGUUGGAGAAGAAUCUUGCAAUGUCAAACCAUACUCUGCAAAAUGGAUUAAAGGCUCGGCAAUUUGAUACCACUGAUUUCAAAGAUUUCAGAAUAAAACGUAUUCUGAAGAAAUUAAGUGAUAUUGAGCAGGCAGCCUUACCUGAAACAGAGCUGAAGGAGUAUAAUCAACUGCUCUCAGAAAUGGAGACAACUUAUAGUCUAGCCAAAGUCUGCAGAAAAGACACAGACUGCAAAGCAUUAGAUCCUGACCUUACAGAUACUAUGGCUAAAUCAAGAGAUUAUGAUGAGCUUCUUAACAUCUGGAAAGAUUGGCGGGAUGCAUCAGGGAAGAAAAUCCGAAGUCACUAUGAGAGAUAUGUCGAACUGAGCAAUGCAGCUGUCAGAUUAAAUGGACAUGCAGACAAGGGUGCUUACUGGCGGUCUCUUUAUGAAACACCAACUUUUGAAACUGACCUGGAGAACAUCUGGCUUCAGCUCCAACCACUAUACUUCAAUCUGCAUGCUUAUGUACGUCGGGCUCUAUACAAAAAAUAUGGAGAAAAGCGCAUUAACCUCAAAGGCCCAAUUCCAGCUCAUUUGCUAGGUAACAUGUGGGCACAAUCAUGGGCAAACAUUUUUGACCUUGUCAUACCCUUCCCUGAUGCUACCAAAGUGGAUGCUACUCCAGCAAUGAAACAACAGGGCUGGACCCCACUGAAGAUGUUUAAUCAAUCUGACAGUUUCUUCAAGUCACUGGGACUUAUCCCUAUGCCGCCUGAGUUCUGGGAAAAGUCUAUGCUAGAAAAGCCAUCAGAUGGGAGAGAAGUGGUCUGUCAUGCUUCAGCCUGGGACUUCUACAAUCGCAAGGACUUUAGGAUAAAACAAUGCACUGUUGUGAACAUGGAUGAUUUAAUAACAGUUCACCAUGAAAUGGGACAUGUCCAAUACUUUUUGCAGUAUAAAGAUCAGCCGAUUUCAUUUCGUGAUGGGGCCAAUCCAGGAUUCCAUGAAGCCAUUGGUGAUGUUAUGGCUUUAUCAGUGUCAACCCCAAAGCAUUUGUAUAAAAUCAAGCUGCUUGAACAUUUGGAAGACAACAUUGAGAGUGAUAUCAACUAUCUAAUGAGCAUUGCACUGGAUAAGAUUGCUUUCCUGCCCUUUGGCUACCUGAUUGACCAAUGGAGAUGGAAAGUCUUUGAUGGGCGUAUUCCAAAAAAUGAGUACAACCAACAAUGGUGGAAUCUCAGAUUGAAAUACCAGGGUUUAUGUCCUCCUACACCAAGAUCAGAAGAAGAUUUUGAUGCAGGAGCAAAAUUCCAUAUUCCUGCUAAUGUCCCAUAUGUCAGGUACUUUGUCAGUUUUAUAAUCCAAUUUCAGUUUCAUGAAGCUCUGUGCAAAGUUGCUGGCCAUACUGGACCUUUAUACAAAUGUGACAUUUACCAGUCUAAAGAAGCUGGGAAAAUCUUAGGGGAUGCCUUGAAGCUGGGUUUCAGCAGGCCAUGGCCUGAAGUCAUGCAAAAUAUUACAGGGCAGCCCAACAUGUCCGCUGAAGCUUUGCUGACCUAUUUUGAACCACUGACAAGGUGGCUCAUUGAAAAGAACAGGGAAAACAAUGAAACUCUGGGUUGGCCUGAAUACACCUGGCAGGCUUAUGCAGGUGAACCAGAAGUCAGUUUCCUUGGGAUGUCACUGAGCAGCAGUCAAAUAGAAGCAGGACAGUGGAUUUUGCUUGCAAUUGGGCUUAUUCUUCUUAUUAUCACAGUAGCCUUGGGCAUCAAAUAUUUCCUUAAAAGAAGGAAAUCCUACAGAACUAGUUCAGAAAUGGAACUGAAAUGAAUUGAAUGUGUUUAACCUGUUUUCUACUAUGCCUCCAAAUGAGUGCGAAAAAGAGUUGAAGAAAAUUUUGUAUGUGUAUAUGUGUGGCUGAAUGAGAGAGACCAGAUAUAUCUGCAUUUAGAAUAGAAACUAAUAUUGCUUUUGUGAGUGUGUAAGAUAGGUUUGAGUCAGGGGUGAAAUCUAAAAAUUUUCCCUACCGGUUCUGUGGACGUGGCUUAAUUGGUGGGCGUGGCUUGGUGGUCAGAUGACUGGGUGGGCGUGGCCAAUAAUAAAAAUAAUUAACAAAGUAUAAAAAACAAUAAGAGGUACCAAAAACCAACUUUCACACUUUACACACACACAACACAACACAACACAACUGACUCACACACAAUGUAAAAGCAGCUUCACUUCACACUUCACACAGCCACAAAAAGCUCAAAAACCAACUUUCACACUUUACACACACACACACACACACACACACACAAAAUGCCACAUACAGCUUUCUGAGAUUUUGUGUGUUUGUGUAGCUAGAGUGAAACACUACAGAAACACACCAAAUCUCAGAAAGCUUGACAAAUAUUUUAUUAUUUUAUUUUAUUUUAUUUUAUUGUGGACUUCAAAUCCCAUAGUUCCUCAGCCAGCAAAGCCAGCCAGUUGAUCGCCGAGGAAAUAGUUUGGCUAAGCAAUUGAUUCUGUCUGGCUGAAAGUGAAACUGCUUUCGGGCUGGAAAAAGAGCCAUGCGUUCAUCAGUAAUCAGGUAAGUGCCUUAGAAUCUCUACUCUUACUUGUAGAAAACAUGUUUUCUACAAAUAAGAAUACAAGUAAGGUUCUGCUGAUGAGGAACUCAGGUGAGAUCGCCAGAGGAGACUUUAAUUUUUUUUUUUUAAAGUUUAAAGUCUUUGCUGAUCUCAGCUGAAGGGCGGAAUCCUCAAAGGCUUUUUUUUACUUUUAAAGGCAUAUUUCGGCUGAAGCAAAACCGGCUUUUAAAAGUAAAAAAAAAAAAACUCUGCAGAUGGUGCGGCUCAGCAGAGGCAGGGGGGCGUGGCCAGGAAUUUUUGCUACUGGUCCUCCAAACCAGCAGCCACCAUUGCUACCGGAUCGUGCAAGCCAGUCCAAUCCGGGAGCAUUUCACCCCUGGUUUGAGUGUCUCUACAGAGAAUGUGAGUAUGUUGUUUGCAUACAUGCUCUAUGGCUAAUAUGCAAAUAUAUGGCUGGGGAGAGUAUGUGUGUAUCCUAUUUGCAAGGAAUAAUUGGAAUGUGGAUAGCUAUGCAUUUGUGUUCACUUACCCAACUGAGAACACUCCCAUAAGGGGGCACCCAUGUACAAACAGGGCAAAUGUGCCAACAAAAGUACUUGACUUGUAAUAAAUUCAACAAACCUUUUGAUUAUGCAAGAGCCAAAACAAAAACAUUUAUUUAUUAUAAAUAAUACCUGAAUUUUUGUACAAGGGGAAAAGAAGAAGAAAAAAUAAAGCAAUGUGAUCAAGUUGGGGUAAUGGGUAUAGCUGUACAAUUUAAAUCACUGUUGACCCAAUGCCUUUCUUCAUAUAUUCAUUUGAAGAACUGGUAAAUUCUAUCAGGCUUACUGUAACUCAGGCAAAGAAUAUAUUAUCUAACAAGAGCUGUGUCAGAUUUCUUCAGAAGUUGAACAUAUGUUUUAUGUGAUCAUGCCGAGAAGUUUUUAAAAGUCUGUUUUGGUGCAUGAAUGACAAUUAAAAUGUAUCAGUCUCUGUAUUUUCACUGUCUUUUUCGUUUCUUUGUGAAAGAACAAGGAAGAAAUCACAAAUCGAUUACAAGACAAGUAUUUGAGGAAAGGAAAUCACUCUUCCAAAUACAUCCAAUCUUGAUUGUAGAAAAUAUGACUUUAGUAACAGAGUUGUAAAUGUCUGGAAUACACUACCUAACUCUGUGGUCUCUUCCCAAAAUCUCCAAAGCUUUAACCAAAGACUAUCUACUAUUGACCUUCCCCCAUUCCUAAGAGGUCUGUAAGGGGUGUGCAUAACAGCACCAGUGUGCCUACUGUUCCUGUCCUAAUGUUCCCUUUGACUGUAUCCAAUUUGUAUAAUUAUUUCAUGCUUAUACUUAUAUAUACUGUUGUGUUUGACAAAUAAAUUUUAAAAAAUGCUACCCUAUUA